UCCUACUACAUCCGGGACACUGGGCACAGCUUCACAUGUGAGGCGGUCUGUUGGUGCAGCUGUCAGCCAGACUCUCCUGCGUGUGAAGGGGGACGCUCCCGCAGAUAGCUUUGGGUUCUAACCACGGUCUUUGGGGAGGAGAAAUGGCGCUGAUGGGGGUGCAGCUCGUGGUCAGCCUGCUGGCUGCCAGCAUUAUGCAGAGGAUGGCUCCGCACUGCUCGUUUGCCCGCUGGCUCCUCUGCAGCGGCAGUUUGUUCCGGUUCAAACACCCAUCAGAAGGAGAGCUGUGCGCGUUGGCAGGGAAACAGAUGCCCAAACAGAACAGGAGAGACAGGCGACAGAAUGGAGAGAGCAAGCCUCUCACUGUGCCCAAAGACAUUGACCUUCACCUGGAUAAGGCUCCAGUCAACGUCAUCGAUGCUCUCGUGCUGCGUUUUUUCCUGGAGUACCAGUGGCUGGUAGAUUUUUCCAUCUAUGCGACGGGUGUCUUCCUGUUCACCGAGUGUUAUUACAGUGUGGUGGAUGCCUCCAAGGAGUUCAACAUCGGAGCUCUCUGGUGUGUUCUGACUGUUCUCUUCAGUCUAAAGACCCUCCACACGCUGAUGAGCCACUACUUCCGCUCUGAGGAAGGCGGCGAGCGAUCAGUGUGCCUCGCCUUUGGCUUCCUUUCUCUGCUCAUAGCCAUGCUGGUGCUGGUGGUCCGAGAGGACUACCUGGAGUUCGGCCUGGAGUCGGGCUUUUCCAACCUAUUUGAUAACUUGGAAAUCUUUGCCAAAAAGCAGGGCUACGCCGACUGGUCAAUCCCAGUGACUAAACUGACGGUGAAGCUCGGUCUGGCCGCUGUCUGCGCUUACAUCGGCGCUCUGCUGGCCUUCCCCGGCCUGCGGCUGGCUCAGACUCAUCUCGAUGCUGUGCAGAUGAACUCAGACCGGCCCCUCAUCCAGAUUCUGCUGCACAUGAGUUUCCUGUCUCCAGUCAUCGUGGUGGUUCUGUGGGUGAAACCCAUUGCAAGAGACUUCCUGGCCAAUGCACCCAUGGGGAAGACCUCUAUCACAAUAGUUCCCAGUGAAGUAUUUGACAGCAUGCGUCUGUGGAUCAUCGUGGCGCUGUGCGCUCUGCGCUUGGCACUGACUCGUUACCACCUGCAGGCCUACCUCAACCUGGCUCAGAAGUGGGUGGAGCAGAUGAAGAAGGAAGCGGGUCGUAUUGCUGCCAUUGACAUUCAGAGGAAGGUCACACGUGUGUUUUGCUAUCUGGCUGUGGUCGCGCUCCAGUACCUGGUUCCUAUUUUGCUCAUCCUCUUCUCUACACUGUCACUCAAGGCACUAGGGGACUUUUCCUGGGCAGUGGGUGCAGAAGAGACCCCCGGGGUCACACCGGCACUUGUGAUGCCCACAGCAGCACCUGUGCUGCCCGGCAAUCUGGAUGAAGAUGAAGAUGGGGCGGAUGACAUGGAGGAGGACAUCCAGGCCACCGUCGCUCACCUUUCGGCGACCUUCACAGCGCUGCGGGCCGUCCUCACUCCACUGUUCUUCCGAGGCUUUUUCGCCUUCCUUACUUGGUGGGUGGCUGCCUGCCAGGUCAUCAGCUCUCUGUUCGGCAUCUACUUCCACCAGUACCUGAUGCAGAACUAAGUGAGGGAAUCCGAGAGCCUACUACUGCAGCUGCAAUGCAACUCUGGCUCUCAGCUACUGUUGUACUGCAGUGGAGAGACAUUUCAUUCAAACACACAAAUAGAGGCAGAAUGCAACACAUUUUGGGAUGUAACGGAAGAACUGAUCAAGGUUUGCUGAGAACAGAUCGGUGGCGGGCACCGUCCACUGCAAAUAUCCGCUUUUUAUGACCAGCAGGCUACUGGAAUCAAUAACACCAAUAUACAGGGAGAACUGGAGCCUGUAUCGCAAAGCAAGUUAACUGAGUCUGGGCUCCUUUGAGUCUUACAGAGUCAGUCCUUGGAACUUCCAUGCAACAUCAGAGGAACCAUAGGACACAGUGAAAGCUUUAGGGGUAAAAAAACGAUAUAGUACCCGUUCAAUGGGAUCACAGCAGCUACAAUGCCUGUCAACAUGCUGACGUUCUGACCAUGACACCCUCGGUACCACACCCAUCUGCACACUCCUCUUCAUUUUGAUCUCAAACACACAUGUAGUUUACUGUAUCUUGCACGGUUGUGACAAAAAUCAGUCUACACAGCAUAUUUGCAGUGUCCAACCUUUCCUAAGAUGAUAAACAGUGAGCUCAAUGCAGAGUUCAGGUAUAAAAACCAUCCAUCGGGUUGUAAAUGUAGUAAACCUACCUGUUAAUUGAAAGUGCAAACACAUAAUUAUACAAACUGGUUAUUCCAUUUCUCAUAAAGGCCCAAGAGAUUCUACUGCUCUAUUAAAUUGCUCAAAUCGACCUCUGUACUUUUGUCCACGUCAGGAUUUUGUCCUAAUGAUGACUCAUGUUAGUUGACCUGUCAUGUCAGCCACGCAGCAUAUGUUACCAUGGUGAUACAUCCCAACUAAAAGUGAUUCCAGAGCCACCAAAACCCGAGUUAAGCCCGAAGACGACCGACUUACCCGCUGAUCUUGCUUUCUGAUCCCCGAUCCUCUUCCUGCUUCUUCACAAGAACAUUUUUCUGCGACAGUUCAGACAUAUCUACGUCAGUGUUACCCAGAUCGUUCUCACUAGGAACGUUAAAUGCUGCAUUUAAGAUAUAUAAUGGUAGCGGACUGAGUAUUGGCAUUUGUCCCAGUGUAGAUAAGACAGUUUAUUUUAUUGAGGGACGUUUAGUCUCUCUUAAGGAACCGAUUCAAGAGUGCUAAUUUUUUAUCUUUUUCUGCUUUAAUGUUUUGAUUGUGACGACGUAGUAGAGCUAAUUUCCAGCCUAAUGAAUUAAACAGCUGAACACGAAUCAGUCGAAACUGUAGUUGAUGCUGAGUUUUAGCCAAAACCUGAGCGCAAUCGCUUUUCUAUAAAGAGUUUCCUUCAGAAUUCCCAAGUGCCUGGGAGUUCAGGGAUUUUGAAACUUUCAAAAUCUCCUCCCUCCCUCUUCAUGCAUAUUUAGAAUGAAUAGAAAAAUUAAGACUCCAAACUCAUUUGUUUUACUGAUCAUUUUCAAACACUUAUUUCACUGGCAACAUUUUUGUACUUUUCAGUUUUUGCUGUUUUUAUUUGCCAAUCAGUCGUGUACAUGUAGGUUUAAUCAAAGUCUACCUUAAGAUUCAUUUUGCAUCAGUGUGUUGUAUGUAUUUAUUUAUUUAUUUUACGUUGCCUCAGUUAACUUUCGUUAUUCAGAAAUGAUACAGAUUCUGUUCCUCUGCAUUUUUAUUCAAUUUAUGGCAACUUUUGAUUUUGUGUUUUUGUUAUUAGAUACAGUAUUUGAAUUGAAUGCCCUGAAAUCAUUGUACUGUGAAGUUCAUAGGGAAACGUUGCUGUUUGAGAUUUCCUGAAUGCAUGGUGUGCAAAAGGUUUUGGCUGUAACCUGAACAUUUGGUUUUGUUUGUAUGGCUCAAUAAAAAAACAUUCUGAUCCUGUCA